GGGAGUAACCAAAGACCAAAGAAGCAGUACAUCUGUCGAUUCUGUCGCCGAGAGUUCACCAAAUCCUACAAUCUUCUCAUACACGAGAGGACACAUACGAACGAACGACCAUUUCCUUGCGAUAUCUGCGGGAGGGCAUUCCGAAGGCAGGAUCAUCUACGAGAUCACAAAUACAUUCAUAGUACCCAAAAGCCGUUCGCGUGUGAAAUUUGCGGAAAAGGAUUCUGCCAAUCACGAACUUUACUUAUGUAUUAUUUCUGCAAGUCAGAGAGAUUUAUUAUGCUUAUGUAA